GGGUUGUAAGAUCGUAACGGCACAAGUGCUUCACCUCCGUUCUGUCAACUGCUCUAAGUUACAGAGCAUGAUCGGUCUCUUCGCAUGGGCACAUGGGGCUUCUCGUCAGGUCAUGGAACUUCUCAGUCAUUGCAGUCUCUCAACGUCCUUCUCCGGAACGUUCAACCUGAUCAAAUCACUUGCUGAUAAGGGUAUUGAUGCAGCCCGUAUUGUUGUCUUGUUUCUAUCGCACGCUCUCGGGUACGAUAACAUCAAUCUCUCAACAUCAAUUUUUGUGGAGCAAAUGGGUUCGGAAUCUACACCUAGUAAAGUUCAGUCGGGAACGUUCUCCGUAAUUUAUGAACUCCAUGGUGUACAAGACCGAAGUCAUAUGCUUCUAGCUUCCAUCCUUUCCCGCUUACAACCCAGAGCCAGUUCUUGCAAUAACGAGAGAAUCUUGAUUUUGAUACGAGGCCAGAGCAGCCUUGAGCUGUAAUCCACGUGCAGCCUGAGUUCCAUGAGUAGCAUACCAUCCAAGGAGAAAGAGCUUCGAGGCAAUUGGAAGAAGUAGAACCAAGGCACACGAAGAAGGCGAGAGUCGAGUUCAUCAAGGGUUGUGGCGGUCCGAACAUCAUGCAGCGUUUCGUCAAGGGUUUUCACGUAAGAUAUCGUUGUCAUAACAUCAAAGAAUGUUGUGGUUAAAAAAGCGGAAGGAGAGUCGUCAUGAAGCAAGAGAAAGACGCGACGCGAUGCGAGCACACGAGAAGUAUUGGUUCAAGGCGCGUGUUCCCAUUUUGGACACUAUAUCUU